AUGCUCGACUCCCUGCCGGAUGAUGUCCUCCUCCUCAUUCUUGUCCACCUGGAGACCGCAAAGGAUAUUCGAGCCCUUCUCCUGGCCAACAGGCGUCUUAAGUCUCUCAUCCUCUCAGAUCAUGACGGCGGCUGGCGUGCCUUCGUCCGUUCCCGCUUCCCAUCCACACCCAUACCCUUCGCCCCCUCGUCGAGCUCGCACAGUUAUCCAAAAUGGGGGGAGAUCGCCAGAUCGCUGACCUGGCAGUCCCAUGCUUGGGACCGUCGCUCCUUGUCUUUCCGCUCUAUACUACCAGUUGCCGCUUACAAUCAGCGCUCAGCGCCACGGCGCCGUCAAGGAGCCCGUUAUCACGCCGUCCUGGACGCCCACUUUGACUUUACGAGCAAUCAGGAACUGGUAGUCUGGGGUGCUGGCGAGGACUUCGUCGCGAGAAGGCGGAGUCUGGGGCAGGGAAGCAAUCAGCCAGACAAGAUUGUCUGGCAUCAACUCGAUGGGAAAGACUUGGGUUACUCGGCUGGUCCCGAUGACAUCAAGGCCGUCUCGAUUGUGGAGAGCGUUGGUGGUGGUCUUGGAGCAUUGGUAGGUCGAGACAAUGGCCAUUUGGCCCUGUUGGAUCUGAGCGAGGAGGGCUUCGGUAAGAAAUUGGCAGACCUGAGCCCCGAGUACGCCGCCGCCGAUGAGACUGGGGACGUCAGCCUUACAACACAAUUCAACCAGGGCACGAUCAACUCGAUCGACGUGCUUCCUCGGAAAAGGCUUGCGGCUGCUGCUACUAAGGCAGGCAUACAGCUAUACCACAUACCUGAGGAAUCUGGUGUCAAUGUGCCUCCGUCUGCCUACCUGGAUCUCGCGACCCACCAUUUUGAUCAACCAAACACGACCCUAGGUCACGCGCGAUGGAUGGGCGAGGACAUGAUAGCGUUAGCCCUUCAAGGCUGCCGGUACCAGCUCCGAUAUGCUACAAUCACUCCGACUGGUAUCGAGAGCCUCUCACCCUACAAAAAUGCCGCCUUGGAGGAACAGUUUGACCUCAGCUACAGCAAAGGCAGACUGUGUACCCACUCAUUGGCACCUGUCGAAGCAUCGUCCGUCACUGGCGGGAACACGAAUCUGCUGCUAACAGCCUGGCGUGAUGGCUCGGUAAGGCUUCAGGAUCUUCGCACGCAGUCGCCUUUUGACCUUGUCUACUGCGAUAAUAUCGACCCCUGGUCCGAGUUUGAAUCACUCCUACCGUUUGGCACGACCCACUUCGUCGGCGGCGGCGCUCAUGGCGCGACGAUCAAGGUAUUCGACUUCCGCUGGUCCAGGGACUAUUACCACACCGCAGCGAUGCCAUGCAGCUCUGAGCAGCCUUUUCCAAAUCCCUGCCAGCCUUUCCUCACCGCUCCAAAAGUCUCUACCAAGCCUCGUCGUCAAUGCCAUCCUCAGUCUCCAGGCAGCUGGUGCAACUGGCAUGAGCUGUCUCGAGACCUGUAUUACCGCCCCAACGGCACGUUUUUCUUCUCAAAGUCCCUCCCACGUGGUGAUUUAUACUCCGGCGUGUGGAGCUUGGCCCGGUCGUCCUCGCUCGCCCCCAACUUCUACAUCGGGAUCUCGGGUGGCGUGGUCGAGGCAAGCCUCUCGGCCGCGACUACUGGUGGUUCCCUAGAAGUUGACCCGAUUUUCGGCUGCACAAUGGGACAGGAGGACCUCGGCGCGGGGUAUGCCAGCAUGCCCCUUGAAGCGAACCUGAUGGAGACAGGCGACGGCCUGAUGUACAAGGAGAACGAGCGAAGUGUGCGGAUGCCACCCAUGAGGGGCAAGGGAUGGAACAAGUUGAGAAAGGACGAGUACGAGAACAUGCCUCUGGAGCGGAGGCGCAGGAACCGGUUAGACGAGCGGUAUCAGAACAAGGGUGAUUUUGUUGGCGACGUGGAUUUGGGGCGGGCGAACGGGAGGUGGUAA